AAUGUUAGAAGAACAAGAUGUUAGAAGAACAGAAAGUUUGGAGUGGCUGGGUCUGGGGGUGGCGGGUGGGUUUGCAAAGAGCAGUUGGUGAGUGUGCGAGGCAGAUAGCUCAGGGUCUGGUAAGCCAUUUUACAGAUUUUGGAUUUUAUACUGAGGUCAGUGAGAAGUAUUUAGAGGAUUUGGGGAGUUAAGGUUGGGAGGCUGGUGAGGAGGGAGAAGAAGAGGGAGAGGUGGAGGGAGGGAGGGUAGGGGUGGAGGCCCAGGCUAGGGCAGUGGCAGCAGAGAUGGAGGGAAGGGAUGAAAGGUAACAGGCCUAGUGACACUGGAUGAGGAGUGAGAGUGCAGGAGGACCUUAGAGUUUUUGCCUUUUUCAGUAGGAUGGAGGGUGGGGCUGCCUGCUGAGAUGGGGGCCCUCAAUCCCCAGAACAACUCUCUGCCCACUGGGGUCCCAGAUCAAACCCUUUACUCACUGGCCUACUUCAGGAAUCCCUCAAGCUGAACCAUCCCUGCCAGUCCAAUCUGGCCUGCAGUGUCCCAGGCUUGGUUAUUUCUGCCUGUAGGAGGCUAUGCUGGUUUGGGGCACUAGGGACCAGGGGGCCCAGAGGUAUCUCUGGGGAGACAGACUGACGUGCUCCCCUGUGAAAUUAAAGCAGAGAGCGUUGGCCCCUGUCCUGUAUCCUAGUGGAUAGAUGGUGAGAGGGGCAAGGGAGGACAGAGCUAAGAGUCCCAGACUGAAUUCCAGAAGACCUUGGGCAAUGCUCUGAAUUUCUGCCUGUAUGAUGCUGGACAAGUCACUUAACUCCCUGAGGGGAAGUGUCCCCAUCUGCAUGAGCAAUGAGAGCUGCUACCAGAGUUGUGAGAAUUCAAUGAGCUGUCUUGCUUGCUGGGGUGGAAGGAGGGGUGGCGUGGCAGAACCAGGAGUAAGGAGGCAGGCAUGUGUCUAGGGCCAUUUAUGAUUAUAGGUCCUGCCUGGUUGAACCUGGGCUGCUGGUGAGUUGAGGAGAGGCACUGCCAAGGAUAGCCUGGGGUCGUGGCCAAGUAGAUGCCUAAAACGCUCAGCCUCGCGGAUUUGGGACCCGUCAGCCCUGGGCUCUUGGCCGCCUAGGCCCUGCCUCACUCCGGAGAAGUACGGGGGUGGAGAUUAACCAGAGAGGCUAAUGUUUCUUCCUACCCCCACCAAAUUUGGGGAGUUUGAGCCCACACGGAGACCAGAACCCACCUCCUCAGGCCUUUCUAGUGAGAGCUGCCCGUAAGGAUCCCCUCUCAGAGAUUAGUCUCCAGUUGGAGACAGCGCUUCCCGCGGCGCCAGGGCGGAGCUGAGCUCCAGAUGUCCAGGCGCGCACAGCUGGAGGGUCACGUGGCAGCGGCCCCGCCCCCCCCUUCCUGCCAACGCUGCAUUUGGCCUCGGCCCCGUCCAUGGCUGCCCUUGGGACCCUGCGCUGAGCCCCGGAGGCCCUGGCGUCCGGCGUCCGGGGCCGCGCCGCUCCCAAGGGACAAGCGUGAGUGUUGGGAUCCCAAGGACGGAUGUGGGGGCGCGGGCGCCAGCCACGCUGACAUGAGGCGGAGGCUGCGUCUCCGCGGAGACGCGUCGCUCACGCUGCUCCUCGGCGCCGCCUUCGGCCUACUUCUCUACUCACAGCGCGAGGGCGCGGCCCCGACGACAAGCGCCCCCCGAACGCAAAGGAAGGCAGCGCCAGGGCCCACCCCGGGACUCCGCGUCUUUCAGGCACUGGACGCAGACGCAGCCCCAGCCCCUCUGGCCUACGAAGGGGACACACCGGAGCCGCCCACACCCACGGGACCCUUUGACUUUGGCCGCUACCUGCGCGCCAAGGACCAGCGGCGCUUCCCCCUGCUCAUUAAUCAGCCGCACAAGUGCCGAGGAGAUGGCGCACCUGAAGGUGGACCCGACUUGCUCAUCGCUGUCAAGUCAGUGGCGGCGGACUUUGAGCGGCGCCAAGCGGUGCGCCAGACGUGGGGUGCUGAGGGUCGCGUGCAGGGGGCGCUCGUGCGUCGCGUGUUCUUGCUGGGCGUGCCCCGGGGCGCGGGCACAGACGGGGCAGACGCGGAGGGGGAGGGCACGCGAACCCACUGGCCUACCCUGCUGCGUGCUGAGAGCCGCGCGUACGCGGACAUCCUGCUCUGGGCUUUUGACGACACUUUCUUCAACCUAACGCUUAAGGAGAUCCACUUUCUGGCCUGGGCCUCGGCCUACUGCCCCGACGUGCACUUCGUUUUUAAGGGCGACGCAGACGUGUUCGUGCACGUGGGAAACCUGCUGGAGUUCCUGGCGCCGCGGGACCCGGCUCAGGACCUGCUUGCGGGUGAUGUGAUCGUGCAGGCACGGCCAAUCCGCGCGCGGGCCAGUAAAUACUACAUCCCUGAGGCGGUGUAUGGCCUGCCCGCCUACCCGGCCUAUGCGGGCGGUGGCGGCUUUGUGCUUUCUGGGGUCACCCUCCGUCGCCUGGCCGGCGCCUGCGCGCAAGUUGAGCUUUUCCCCAUUGACGACGUCUUUCUGGGCAUGUGUCUACAGCGCCUUCGGCUCACACCCGAACCCCACCCUGCUUUCCGCACCUUCGGCAUCCCCCGUCCUUCAGCAGCACCGCACCUGCGCACCUUCGACCCCUGCUUUUACCGGGAACUGGUUGUAGUGCACGGGCUCUCGGCCGCCGACAUCUGGCUUAUGUGGCGCCUACUGAAUGCGCCCCAAGGGCCAGCUUGCGCCCGUCCGUGGCCUGUCGCUGCUGGCUCUUUCCAGUGGGGCCCCUAGCCACCUUCAUGACCCCAAGCUCCCGUCACUCAGACCCAGAAUGAUUGCUCCCAGAGGUGGAGUAUUUCAAAACCUAGCCCAUAUCACCGGAAGUCUGUCUCCACAGGUCCCCAGGGAAUUAAGAUUGAACUUGGCUCCUGCUGGCCUACCUUACUGGAGCUGAUCUAGAACCAGCUGAAUGGUAGCCCUUUGAGACAGCCAGGGCUGAGGCCUUAGAGCACCAGGCUCUGCCAAACAGGUGGACAUGUUUGACCCUUCCAGUACCAAGUAGGUUUUGUGGGGUUGGGGAUGGGUGGUCGCAGAGGCUCAUGGAAUCUGACCACACUCCUUGAUUUGGAAGUCCUAGAAUGAUGCAAAUGCAGGUCUUUCUCAAGGCUGGAGGAGGUGGGGGCCUGGCCUCAGUCCUCAUGGAACUGGCAGGCAUUCUGCUACAACUCAACCUGAAGGUAGGCAUUUUGCUUCCCACCUGCCCCUUCAAAUUGGAUUUUUAGCCCUGUACUCAUCUUUAGAUCUUCUUCCGAGGUCUCCUUUCCUGAAGCCAACCCCUCCUGGGCCCUGGUCUGGCUGGAACACCAGGGAUGGAGGCACAAAGGGACAAUCGGGUACAUGGUCCUACCUAAAGUCUUUCCCCACCACAUAAAAAUUUACACACACACAAUGCCAGUUCCCUACUAGAGGCUGUGCUGCCCCACUAAGAAAAGCCAAGGAACCUAAGAUGACUCUACCAUAAAAUUUCCCAUAUUCUUCACCCACUUUCUCAAAAAUCAACACCUCCAUGCUUAUUUUAGUACAAACAUCCCAGCAACAGCACAUGGUGAGUCGCUGCUGAGGGCAUAGAUCUUUAUUGGAGGGGUAUGGGCAGGGCAUGAGGAAGUUUCCCCUAUUCUAGGAAGAUGGGGAUAGUCCUGGCUGCCCCUAUAGUGGGAUAAGUGUGUGUAGGGGGGUCUCUGGCCAGGCCACAGUCCAAAUGGGAAGACACCAGUCAGUCACAAAAUUAUGGGAGCGCCACAUAAGCCUGGCUUUAAGCCCAGGAACCACCUAGGAGCCUGGGGCAGGUCCCCUGCACAUUCAUUGUUAAACUCUACAGGAUGAGGCUGUACAUGAGUUAAUUACAAAAGAGUCAUAUUUACCAAAAUCUGUACACACAUUUGAAAAACUCACAAAAUUGUCAUCUAUGUAUCACAAGUUGCUAGACCAAAAUAUUAAAAAUGGGAUAAAAUUAUACAUUUCUCUUCUCAAUUCAUUUCAAAAGGAUCGUUUUUAAAGCACAUAUGCUACUUUCCUUAGCAAGACCCAUGAAAAGACUGAGCAGCCCAGCCUUCCUUGAGCCCCCAGAGGCCUUGAGCCAUGAAUGGGCCUGGCCAGGGGACAUUGCCCAGGGUUGGGGCAAGAGAGCCAACCCACAGUGCAGAACAGAAUGCUGAAACAAUAAAAGGAGGAAGAUGUCUUUGGCUAAAACUUUGGCAUUAAAUAAAAGAGGCAAACAGGAUGGAAACAUGCAGCCUGCCAGCCAGGCUGGGGCAGAGCAGGGGCACAGAUGACCUUGAAGGCUGGCUCCAAGAGGGGUAGGAAUCAGGCCUGGGCACAUACCGGGUGGUAAAAAGCUGUGUUUCAAUGAGUUGGGUGUGCCUACUGGGCCUGGUAGGGAGCACGUGCAAGGAAGGAACAGGGAAGGGCAGGUGGGCCACCUUGGCCACAGCCAGCUCAUCAAGUAACUAAAGUGGAUGUAGUGCAAAAGUCGCAACCAAGUACUAUGGACAUGCCACCUGUUGCCUUAAGGGUCACGUGGCAACGAUGGGCCAAAGGCAGGACCUCAUCUUCGUCCCGGGUGCCUGUGUCCUCAGCCACAGAAGGAGUCCCAACUUUUCCCAAUGUGUGUGGAACAGGAGAGACCGAACUCUGCCUCUGUAUGUGUUAGUCGAGGUCGCCUGGGUCCAGAUAUCAAGGCUCAGAGUUUGUGCUUCUCUUUGCAGUCUGUAUCCUCUGUUGGCACCAGGAGACUGAGGACGGACAGAGGAAUAUUUGGGCCUCUCACCCCAUGGCAGAGCACCCAGUCUGAGCCCCACCUCAGAACAUCACAACAGCCUUUCAACACUGGCAAGGUGUCCAAGAAAACCCACAGGGUGGCACAUGGAGGCCCGUUGAGCAGGAUGCGAUGUACAGCUCCACAGGGCAGAGGGGCAAGGGUGGUGAUGUCCUUAGGGGAGCUCCGCUGUUCUCAGGUGGGCACCAGGUCUGGGGGGGCCAUAUAGGGUCACCGAGGCAAUAUGGUUAUUCUGCAUGACCU